UGAAUAUCAACGGAUGAAGAUGGAAUAUUAUACCCUUUUUAAUCAAACAAGAUUUCUACUUUACGAUUAUCCGGGAAAGAAUAUCUUUUACUUUAGCUUUUGCCUUCCGAUGAUUCUCAUCCUCUUCAUUGGUAACGUAAUCGUCAUAGCAACGGUUUUUACUUACAACAGUUUAAAGAAACCAACUUACUUGAUCCUAACAAGUCUCGCUGUAACCGAUCUCCUCACAAGCGUGAUCGCGAUACCCAUGGAGAUAUACCGUCGGACAAAUGUGAACGAUAUCACUUGCUCGGCGCGAUGGGAGGUCUAUUUAUUGGGAAUGACGUACAUCUGUGGGUUUGACUCGAUGCUUCACAUGGUAAUGGUCACGUUUGAUCGCUAUGUCGCCGUAGUGAAGCCGCUCCGAUACAACGCAUUGGUGACAAAGGAACGCAUAGCAAUCGCAGUGGUGAUUGGAUGGAUAAUAUCCGUCUUCUCGGUUAUCGGUCAGGCUGUAAUCUAUCAUAGCAAGGAAACGGUCCCAUCGGCUAUCUGUGUUGGAAUCCGAUACGAUCCGGAUAUUUACUCGAUUUUGUUGGACCUUACCAUAUUCGUAAUGACUACAACAUCGGGCAUGACCAUGAUUAUCUUAAACGCAGUCAUCCUGAGGACUGCGAUCAGACAGCUUCGACGGAUCGCCGACGUUGAACGUGCUUUGGACAACGCAACCGGUGGCUCGGAAAGCCGGGAGGAAGCGGCUAGAAAGAUGAAAGCGUGCAAGGUGAUUAUCUGCGUAGUGACCGCGUUCAUUAUCUGUCAUACACCAAUCGGGAUCAUGCAUCUUUGUUUCGCCGUUUCAGACAGCGUUUUACUGAACGGAGUUAUGAAUGAAAUAUCAUUUGUUUUGUAUCUGAUCAGUUCGGCGGUCAACCCACUCAUUUAUUGCCUCGUUGAUCGCGUUUUCAGGGAAUGCGCAUGGCGCAUGCUCAGUUCACGUGCCGUCAGAUUGUAUCAAAGAGACAACGGUCAGACAUCGGAUGGUGUUGUUAGCCUUGCCUAACAGAGAUGGCUGAACUCGACGCUUGUUCCUGUUUCAUUGUAGCGAUGAACUUGUUUUAAAAAUUGGAGUAUAUUUAAAUGACGCUGCAUUUCGAAUAUGGUGAUCCUAGGCUCCCUCUCCCCAGUCGUUUCUGGUCGUAUGUUAUCUUUUUGCCACAGAUUGCUGCAACCGCUAUAUCUGUGGCACAAUUAACUGACGGAAAAAUAUUGAAUAUCCCGUCUGUUAUUAAAACUAGACCUCCGGAACCAGGUCCGGCAACAGACUUUGAAGCGCAGGGGCUGCGGUCCAGUAAUAGACCAACUGUGGCCUACGGGUAAAGGCCCAGUCUCAUUGGUUAUCAAAACUAGACCUCCGAAACCAGAUCCGGCAACAGAGGCAUAGGAUCAGUGGUCCAGUAAUAGACCAAUUAUGGUCUACGGGAACCGGCCAGUCUGUUAUCAAAACUAGACCUCCGAAACCAGAUCCGGCAACAGAGGCUUAGGAUCAGUGGUCCAGUAAUAGACCAAUUAUGGCCUAUGGGUACCAGCCCAGUUGUAGACCUUGGUCUAUACAGUCAAUUAAAAUGGGAGAUAAUUUGUUUGUAUAUACAAUCUUGUAUCCUAAAUACCUAAAUACACACCGAUUAUUCGCUAUGCCGCGGAAGUGUGUACAAAAACGUGAAAAAAAUGGUCAGCCCCCCCCCCCCCCUUUGAAAACCGCUCAGCGGCC